ACACAUGAGAAAGACCCAGGAAAGAGCAGGCUGGCAAAGUUGUCUUGCCGAAUCUGUAUAUUUUUUAUGGCUCGUUGUUAAUGAAACUAGAAUUGAAAUGAUAUAAACAUUAAUGCACUCUUUUGAUAUAAUUUUUAACUUUAAUUAAAUCUUAAUAUUAGAAUAAUAUAGGUCAUCAUCCGCGCUGGCAAAUGGAUAAAGCUGUGAGUUUGGUGAAUCAGAGUGACAGAGGAAACACAGUCACGCUGGUGGAAACCAACAGCAAACCAAACAGCCUGGAACUGGUGAGCUCUUACCACACCAACCGAGUGGGAGAUCCCAUGGACCUCGUGGCUCUGGCUGAGCAUGUUCAGAAGGGAGACGAAUUUAUUCGAGCAAACGCUUGCAACAGGUUGACAGUCAUCGCGGAUCAAAUAAGAUACCUGCAGGAGCAAGCGAGGAAGGUGUUAGAGGAUGCAAAGAGGGACGCCGAUCUCCACCACGCAGCCUGCAAUGUUGUGAAGAAGCCAGGAAACAUGUAUUACCUGUACACACGUGAAUCAGGCCAGCGGUACUUCUCUAUACUCUCCCCGAAGGAAUGGGGUCCCAGUUGUCCACACGAGUUCCUUGGCGCUUACAAACUGCAGCAUGACAUGUCCUGGACCCCGAUAGAAGACGUCGAAAAGCGGGAUGCUGAAAUCAGUGUAAUUGACAAACUCCUGAACAGUCAAAGCAGCGCUCUGCCGUCCAGCACCGGACCAAACUUCGGGGGUCUUUCAAACUGACCGGAGUGUGUGUACGUAUGUGACUGGAAUGGACGCACGAAUGUUCAGCGCUGUGGAAUUCUCAAUUCUGAUUGGUCGGAACAAGGUGGUCAUAUCAUCCUAUUCCUUUACGUGAGGAUUUGUCACAUGUUCUGUAAGAAGAUUUACUUCGAAUGUUUUGCAAAAUAGACAAAACUUGUUGCUUUUGCCUAAAUUUUGCAACAUUGCUGCCUGAAAAUGAUCAUUGAAACAGAAUAAAAUGCAUAAGAAUUG